AUGUCAAGUAACGAAGUGCCGCAACGGUCGUCGUUAACCCCUAAAAGACUGAGAUUUUCGUCUGAUGACGAUUUGGCUCUGCUAAAAGAGUUCUUAAAUAACAAUCCGCUCAAGGAUGCUAAGCAGUGGGAAACCAUUCAAAAAAACGUUUUUGAAAUAACGGGAAAAAAUUUUAAGGUAAGAACAGUAAAAGACCAUGUCUUUUUAUUAUUAGAGAUGUGGAAACAAAAAGACACAAAAAGUCAAAAGAGUUAUAGUUAUAUUCUGAAAGAGACCAACUCCUGCAGGAGAUUGCAGAUAUCUACAAAGAAAUUGAAGCCACGUUGUUGGCGAAGAGAGAACGGCCUUAACCCAAGGAGAAGCAAAUUGCUGAGUUUCUUACAAACAGGGGAUGAUUUAAUUCAUGGUGGUGAACGAAGUCAGCCUGACAAUGAUUACAUUACCCUAACUGAUGUUAUGAGGGAACCAUUUAUGGAUACAUCAGUAUUGCAUUUGGAGGAGCCAUUAUUUGAAGUAUGUGUGGAUGCAAACUCCAAAGAGGGCCCUGAAAUGACUAAGGAACUGCUGCUCUUCCUUCUCAUGAAAGUGAAAAGGAGAAUAAAGAAGCUGGAGGGAACCCGGUCAAUGAAAGGAUACAAGGACCAGCAAAAAGAAGAAACAAACGAAGUUCUUCUCUAA